CCUUUCUGCCAACCUGCACUGCAAACCCUCUCAUUUCCUCUAAGUCCUAAUCCAAACCCUAAAGUUCCUGUCUAGGUUUCUUCUCUAAUUUUCCCAAAAAAAAUGGGUGAGGCUGUUGAGUUUUACCAUGCAAACGGAAAUGGGUUCUCAAAAUUCAGUGAGAAGUUUGAUCCUAAAGCAGUGGUACUACUAAACGGUAGCAACCACAUAGAGAGAGAUACAGAUAGUUCCUGGUAUGAAGAAACCAUUGAUGACGAUCUCAAAUGGUCAUUUGCUCUCAAUGUCAACGGUGUGCUGCAUAAAGGAACUAGCGAGUACCAGGAGAUAGCUUUAUUGGACACAAAGCGUUUCGGGAAGGUACUGAUGAUUGAUGGGAAGAUGCAAAGUGCAGAAGUGGAUGAAUUUAUAUAUCAUGAAUGCUUGAUACAUCCUGCACUCUUAUGUCACCCAAAGCCUGAACGUGUAUUCAUAAUGGGAGGUGGGGAAGGGUCAGCUGCAAGGGAAGCACUCAAGCACAAAUUACUGGACAAAGUUACCAUGUGUGACAUCGAUCAGGAGGUGGUUGAUUUCUGCCGCAGGCAUUUGACAGUGAAUCAGCAGGCAUUUUCUCAUCAUAAGCUUAACCUUAUUAUAAAUGAUGCCAAGGCGGAAUUGGAGAAGAGUUGCGAAAAAUUUGAUAUCAUAGUCGGAGAUUUAGCAGACCCGGUUGAAGGAGGACCUUGCUAUCAACUCUACACAAAAUCCUUCUAUGACAAAAUUCUUAAACCUAAGCUUAAUCAUGGUGGCAUUUUUGUGACCCAGGCUGGUCCAGCAGGCAUUUUCACCCACAAAGAGGUCUUCACCUCUAUAUACAACACAAUUAAACAGGUCUUCAAGUAUGUGGUGCCAUAUGCAGCUCACAUACCAUCUUUUGCAGAUACAUGGGGAUGGGUUAUGGCCUCGGACGAGCCGUUUUCUAUCAACGCUGAGAAAAUGGACAGGAGGAUAGAGGAAAGAAUUGAUGGGGAGCUAAACUACUUGAAUGGUGCUCAGUUCAUGUCCUCUGCAACCAUGAACAAAACUGUUUCUUUAUCGUUGCUGAAUGAAACUCAUGUCUACACUGAGGAAGAUGCAAGGUUUGUCCAUGGGCAUGGGGUGGCUUUACUGAAGUCUCAAGAAACUGGUUGGGUGAAUUGCUGUACAGCCAAAAAAGAAGUGAAGAAGAAUGGGAGUUUUUACAGUUACUGAUUUCUUCAGGGGAAAAAAAAAGACAACAAUUGUUUGCAGCAUUUGGUUUCACACUAGAUUAUUAUGUUAGCUUCAUUGGGUUCAUAGGGUUUCAAAAGUGAGACUUUCCUUAAGCUUGUUUUUAUUUUGAGAAAAUCGGUCCUUGAAUUUUGGCUUAAUUGGAGCUUUAGUCCGUAAACUAAAAAUCUGUAUUGGUUUCUGAAUUUGUUAUAAUAUGGAGCAACAAUCAUUUUUGCUAACUUUAUUAGAACUUUCAUCUAAAAUAAAAGGUUUAAAGGGGCAAAGAUGGAUGAAAGUUCUAAUAGAGUUAGCAAAAAGGAUCAUAGCUCCACAUUAUUACAAGUUCAGGGAUCCAAUACUCACAAAUUUUUAGUUUACGACCAAAGUUGCAAUUAAGUCAAAGUUGAGGGACUAUUGCUUCAAUUAUCUUUUUUAUCUUUCAAUGAACGAAGAAAAAUGAGGCAUUCCUCCUUUCCAUCCUAA